UGUUCUGUUUACUAUCCCAUGUGAACUUAAAAAAGAAGUGCCAGCAUUCAACUUUGUCUCCAUAUAUCUUGAGCUAGAGUUUGUACAUCAUAAUUUCAGCCUCAGAUCAGUCUGGAAUGAUUGCAAGAAAUAAUUGUUGCAACAGGUUUGGCAUUCAUUGAUUGCUCUACCAGUUCUGAGCCUAUUGGAGUGCUAAACCGAGUGGUAGAUUUGGGUUGUUGUGUUGUGAUGGCCAAUAAGAAGCCUCUUACUUCUUCAAUGGAAGAUUAUGGUAAGUUGCUUGCAUAUCCACGUCGCAUUCGACACGAGUCAACUGUUGGUGCUGGCCUCCCUGUUAUAGCAUCCUUAAAUCGUAUACUUUCAUCUGGAGAUCCCGUGCACCAUAUCAUUGGGAGCUUAAGUGGUACGAUGGGUUAUGUAAUGAGCGAGGUAGAAGAUAGAAAGCCAUUCAGCCAAGUUGUCAAAUCUGCUAAAAGCCUUGGUUACUCUGAACCAGGUACAGCAAUAGGUACAGUUUUAUUAUGCCAGGUGCCUUACAUCACUACUGCUUUGAUGAAUGCGCAGCUUGGCAUGGAAGGGCGCAAGGAUCUUUUUGAUUGGCUAUCAAGGCAACUUAGUGGAUUAAGCAAUUUUCCUGAUGUUGUAAAUCUGAAUUAUGUUUAUUAUGGAUUGAAUGAAUUAUUAGGAAUUACAGGUGCAUUGUUUUCCUGUUUUGGUGAUCAAUUUAUUAGUCGCGACAAAUAA